UCGCUGAGUGGGACCUGCCGAGGCUGCCUGUCCCGCUGACCAACCUCUUCGCUGUCCUGUAUCCCGGUGGCUGUCUGCAGGCGGCGGCGGUGGGCCCGGCCCUCUUUGCUGGCGAUCCGGGAGCGGGCGGCCCACGCCAUGAUAGAGCAGGAGAAGGCUGAAUGGGAAAACCUAAAUAAGCUAUUAAUGCGUCAUGGGUUGAAACCAGUGAGUCUUGCUGCCCCCCAAAGCUGCAGAAAUACAGCAGAUAUGAUUGUCUUAGACAGUCAGUCUUCUCUAGGAAUAAGACUUGCGUUAAAAACACUGGUGGAAAACACUGACCGACAGCAGAAAAUGAUGCAGGGGCUUAUGGAGACCAAUCGUUCUCUUAGAGAUGAGAUCCGUCAGGGAAGCGGUUGGGCAUCACGACAAGAACAACGGGCUAAUGAUUUGGAAAAUGUGGUGAAAAACAUUAAGUCCAAAAUUUGCCAGCUGGAAGAUGAGACAAUAGCUAAAGUUUGCCAGCAACAGAAUCAAGUCAGAGAACUUCAGAAAGAUCAGCAGGCUUCACAGGCAAAAUAUCAACAGCAGCAGGAGAAGCUGCAAGAACAGGAAGAGACAAUUGCCCGUUUGCAGACGGAACUGUGCAGAGUUGGCCUGGAGGAGCAGCGGCGUGUUGCCACUCAAAAUAAAAUGUUUUGUCGCUUUUGCAAAAGAGCUCCCAAGUCUCUUCUAGAUCAGCAGUUCCUUUGUCUAAUUGACUAUUAUGAAUCUCAAAUUAGUGAAAUGAAAAAGGAGCUGAGGCAGUAUAAAAAAGAUGAAGAUCAGGUACAGAAAGAAGUGAAAAGCAAGGAAGAAUUCUUAAAUCUAGAUGCUACUCCUAAUUACAGAGCACUGCUCACGCUUGUUGAUUAUGGAAUGAGUGAAAUAAGAGAAGUAACACAGCCUAUGUUGCAGUCUUUCCAGAAACAGCUUAUUGAAACAAAAACCAGGAAUGAACAGCUUUUGCUUGAAAAUAUAAAUCUCAAGAAAGAUUUGGAAACAAGACCAACUGCACAGGAAUUAAAACUUUACAAGCACCAAGUGAAGAAACUAGAGAAAACUUUAAAGAAAACUAUCAAAUCUUCGGGGAGUAGUACCGGAGAAAGAACAGAAGACAAGAAAGAAUCUGAGAGUAUCGCAGGGGUGGAUAGGCUGCAGGCAGUUUGCCAGCAGUACUUAAAGGUUUUGUCCCAUAUUGAUUCUGUCUUGCGAAGCCCAAGAGCUCCUGCGUUAAUAUACAGGUGCAGUAAAGGGCCAGUGCAAAAUUACAUUAAAGAGAACGGGCAGGAAUGUGGAUUUGAGCACCUUCCACUUACUAUAGAAAUGUGGGCAGAUCAGCUAAUGGCCCUGAAGGAUUUGCAUAGGUCCUUGAGAAAACUGUCUCUGGAAUUGGCACCCUGGCACACCGAAGAUCCACAAGACAACAGGGAGUCCAUACGAGUUGAAGACCUCCAGUUCAUAGUAGAUGCCAUUUUGGAAGAAAUAGAAAAUAAGGAAAAGAACAGCCAGACACCAUCCGUAUCAACCCUGUUAGCAAUAGUCUCUCACUUCCAGAAGUUGUUUGAUGUGAAUUCUCUCAGUGGCAUUUAUCCACGAAUGCAUGAGGUUUACACAAAGCUUGGGGAAAUGACCAACACCAUGAGAAAUCUCCAGGAGCUCCUGGAACUAGACAGCUCGGCUCCACCCACUGUGGUAGUGGAUACUGUUGGGAAACUGUGUGACAUAAUUAAUGAGAACGUGACUGAGCAGGUACAGCAGCUUCUGGGGACUCAGGACAUCCACAGUAUAAUCAAUAAGUUAGAAGAACACGAGUGCUUCUUUCCACCAUUUCAAGCUCUCAUUCAAGAUUUGCUCUGUCUUCUAGAGAUCUGUAACCUGGAUGAUAUUUUACCUACAGUGCGAAAGUUGAAGUUGGCAGCUAGUUAAGGGUUACUCUGGUCUUCUCUAGCAAGAUGAUCUUACCUGUGAUGGAACACACUGGCGCCUAUGACAUGACAGCUACCUCUAUCCUCUAGUACCCUAACAAACAGACUUUUAACAUAAUUAAAAGUUGCUGCAUUUUAUAUUUUUUUU